UUAAAGAAAAAUAAGGCCGAAAGGCCAUAGUAGAGAAAGAGAGAGAGAGAGGAGUGAGAGAGAGAGGAGCUCCCUUCGUUCCCAUCAAUUCAAAACCCCAAAAUCUCUCCCCUUCUUCUCCCUCCUGCAAAUCAACAAAAACCCCUCUCCCCCUCUCUCUCUCUAUACUAUUCUGUCUCUCUCUCUUUCUAACCUGCAAACAUGAGCGGCGGUCUUCAUCACAGUGGCGGGGCUUCCAUACCCUCUAGUGUGAGGAAGAUGAUUCAGAAUAUCAAGGAAAUCGCAGGCAACCACCACGAUGAUGAGAUUUACGCAAUGCUCAAAGAGUGUAACAUGGAUCCCAACGAAACAACCCAGAAACUCCUCCUUCAAGACACCUUUCAUGAGGUCAGAAGGAAACGCGACAAGAGAAAAGAGAAUCUGAACAACACAGACUCUGGCGAUUCUAGGUGGAGACCUGGCCUGCAGGGGCGAGGGGGAAGGAGUGGUAAAGGGGGAUACUCUCCUCGUUACCCAUCUCAUGAUGCAGGUGGUGGAAGGAACUUUAACGCUGGAAAGGAAAAUGGAGCCAUUCAAGGUGCAAACAAAGGUCCAGUUCCCAUUUCAGUUUCAGCUUCUUCACAAACAGCAGAGACCAAAGCAGAUGCUUCUGUAUCGAGCUCUAAACCCGAAUUGGCCAAUGGUCCAGCUAGUAUACCAUAUGCAAGUCCUGAAUCUGGGCGUGUGUCACAGGAGACUGGAGGAACCAGUGGUGCACCACCCUCUAGGGAAAGUUCGCAUGGGGAUACACAUGGACUUGCCCCGCAAAGUUCUGACAAGUAUUCACCAUUUCCAGCUUCAGUUUCAGGGGUUUAUUCCUCUGCUUCUGAUCCAGUAUUGUUGCCAUCUCUUGAUUAUCGUAUUCCUGGGGCUCUUGGUACAAUUAAACGUGAAGUGGGGAGCCAGAGGAUAGCUGUGGACCCAAAUAAUGCAGUUCAUGAGAGUAAGUUGGUGCCAUCAAGUUUCGCAAUCCCUUUACAAAUAAACCAACUUGUAUCUCAUGAUGUGGCUGAUUCGGAGUUAUCGACGUCAAUGAGUGAGAAAGUGAGUCCAGAGAUUGGAAGCGCCUUUUUCCAUGGCACCGCACAGAGUAAGUCUCAAGGGAUUGAAAGAAACCACCUACCUGAGUCAACCCCAGUUGUGUCUUCGUCUUCCAAUCCUGGGUCUUCUGUUGGAAGGCCUCCUUCGAAUUAUGGUGCACGAUCACAGCAGCAACUUAAUGGAUCUCAAAAAGCAGUUGGUCCAAGUAAGGAGUGGAAGCCAAAACCUACGAAUCCCAAUCCCACUGCCCCAGGGUCUGGGAGCCUUGGUGCAACCAAUGCUGACCCAAGCCUAAGUGUUGAAGGACACCAAUCCCAAUCUUCAUCUGAUAAUGCACGUUUGGAAGAGGCAAAUUUGAAGUUGCAGAAGAAGAUGGAGGAAUUGCAAGUUUCAGAUGAUCAGCAUGUUAUCAUCCCAAACCAUCUGCAAGUUCCCGAAGCUGAAAGAACUGGGUUGAGCUUUGGAAGCUUUGAGCCGAGCUUUGGAGUGGGUAACAUUUUCGUGAAUGAUCAUGAUAGUGAUAAAAGCUCCUCGCCCUUGUCUGAGUCAUCUCAAGGGAUUGAGGAACCCCAGGAGGAACCUCCUUUAAGCAUUUCAAAUGCAGCUCCAACUGGUACAGAAGGGAACUAUAUGGAGCACUCACAAUCACCAGGUCGUGCACCAGAGAUGUUGUCUUCUGGUGAAACAGAUGUUUCACAAAACGUGGGUGCUGUUCAACAAUCUGAUGCUUCAAAACCAGAUGUGGUUUUGGCACCAGGAGGGCCUCAGUAUUCUGUGGUGCAAAAUGGGCCAAAUUUUUCAAGUUUUGGGCUGAUGCCUCCCAUGUUGGGGAGUCAAUUUGCAUCCUUUGAAAGUGGGGAACCUCAGGCACGGGAUGUCUCUCGUCUUCCGGGCUUUAUUGUCCAGCAGCCAUUUGAUCCAGCGACUAGCUAUUACACCCCAUUUUAUCGUCCUGGUGCAGAUGGCGAUGCUCGCUUCGCUCCAUUCCUUGCACCAGGCACAGCUACCAAGUUCAAUGGGAACAUUGCGGUGCUCUCUACCCAGAGUGGUCCAUCUUCACAGGAGAGCGCAAACUCCAUGGUUGUCUCUUCAGCAGGUCCCACUCCCCUGGCCACCCAAGCUGCUGGAGUAAUGCAAAGCUCCAUAGCUGUAACCCAACAACCAGUUCCUGUUUUCAGGCAACCAGCUGGUGUACACAUAUCCCAUUAUCCAUCCAACUAUCUCCCUUAUAACCAAUAUUUCUCUCCUGUCUAUGUACCCCCCCCAACUAUUCACCAUUUUUUGAGCAAUACUCCUUUCCCGCAGCAACCCCCAAGUGGUAGCUCUUACCCUCCUCCACAAGCUGGUGCAACAGUUAAGUACUCCCUUUCUCAGUACAAGCCUGGUUCAAAUUCGGGUAACUCAACUCAUAUAGGGAUGCCUGCUGGUUAUGGAAAUUUUGGAGGUGUCCCUUCGGGAUAUAGUGCCAGUGCAGCUGCAACGAGUGGGAAUUCAGCCUCAAAUGAGGAGCUUGGGGGGUCACAGUAUAAGGAGAAUAAUGUGUAUAUUACUGGGCAGCAGGGCGAAGGCUCUGCAAUGUGGUUUCCAGCUCCGGGCCGAGACAUCUCGACCCUUCAGGCAAGUUCCUUCUACAGCCUUCCUCAAGCUGGUCAGCACGUUACCUUUGGGCCCACUCAGGCGGGCCUUGCAGGCCUCUACCAUCCAGGCCCACCAGCCAUGGCAGCACCCACUGCCCACCCUCUCAUGCAACAAGCCCAAACCAUGGCUGGCCCAGUUGGUCCUGUGGGCCCACAAGCUGGAGUUUACCAAAAUGCCCAACGUCCGCAGGUCAAUUGGGCCAACAAUUAUUGACGAACCCAACAAAGAGUUUUGGAUAGUUUGGUUGGAAAUAUCGCGGAAAAAUGGAUGGGAAAUAUUGGGUUCUUUCAAGAGCCUUUGGCCUUUUGAGUGUAAAUAUAUGGAGGAAAGGUUGAUGAUGGUGGUGGGGAUAUUGCACAAAGGAUGUGAAAGUAAGCGGUUUUAGUGUUUUUUUCCCUUCUUUUGAGGGUGAUUCAGGUUUACCCUUUUGGGGCAAAAGAGGAACUGCCCCCACUAUGACUCAGUGUUAACCAUUUUUAAGUUAGUUGAGAGAGGUAUGUUGAAAGGUCUCUCUUUCGUUCUCAUUCACCUUUUGUUAUUUCUGUGAUUUUAAAUUUUUCUUAUGUAAGGUACUGUUUGUUGCUGAAAACUUAGGCUUUUGGGUUUUUUUCUCAUCUUAAGGUUUAGGAUGUGGAAGGUGAGAGUUGAGUUGGUGGGUUUUCAUUAUUUUCCACUCUCUUACCUUUGUAGAUUGAAUUUUGACAGUGUGAGAUGUAUUAACUUGUAAUUGUUAUAUGGAAAUUAGAAAUCCCUCUCUCUGCUACU